AUGGCAGAAUCAACAAUAGACUCGAAUGAGCACCUGUCUGAGGAAACAGAGGAGCCGGACCCUCUGCAACCAGACGAUAGUGGGACUUUCCAGCAAGUCACAAACCUGCUCAACAUCAUGGACAGCGAGUCAGCCACGGCGGACACUGCUGGGGUGGGCCCCAGCCUGCGGAAGGCGCUGGCCUCAGCGAUCAUCGCGGAGAAGGCCUCCAGCGAGCCCUGCGUGGUGAUGAGCUCCCUCAUCCGCUGCCUGCAGGUGCCGCAGAUCUCCACCCAGCGCAAAGUGAACAUCUACAACAUCCUCCAGGAGAUCGUCCAGCAGGAGGGGGAGCUGGAGGAGCAGUGCGUCCAGAGGCUGGUGGCCAUCGCCUCCAAGGAGAUGAGGGAGAUCCUGGAGAUGGAGGGGUACUUGAGGGCAGAGGUGGCCAGUGACACCCUGGUGGCUCUGUCCCGAAACCACUUCAGCAUGGUCAUGUACGAGAUGCAGCACCACCUCAGGCCCCUCGACCUCGCGGACGAGUUUGUCAUCGUCACCCUGGCGAAGCUGGCCAACGGCAACGUGUUCGAGUUCAUGCCCUACAUGGGCAUCACCCUGGCCACCAUUUUCACGAUGCUCAGACUUGUCAACGAAGCCAAGAUGCGUCAGGUGAUCUGUAGUGCCAUGGAGACCUUCUGUGAGACGGUGCAGUUCUACCUGAAGCACCUGGAGGACAGCGUGUACCCGGUGAUGACCGAGGAGCAGUUUGCUGUCAAGCUGUUCCCGAUGUACCGCUACUUCGUGACCGUGUGGCUGAGGAGCCGCAACCCCGAGGUGAAGCUGGGGGUCAUCAAGUCCCUGAAGCCCAUGCUGAACCUCCUCCUGCCCAACGACGACCUGCGGGAGCAGGUGUAUGACUACGUGCCCCUGCUGCUGGCCGAGUACCAGGGCAACCUGGAGGCCCUCUUCAUCACUCAGGUCUUGAGGCAGAUCCUGGAGGUGUCGGUCGUCACUCGGACCCCCGUCCCCCAAAUGCAGCUACACACCAUCUUCACGGAACUGCACAUCCAGGUGUGCGUCAGGGCCCCUGCCCAGCAGCAGUACGUGGGCCAGAACGUGGGGGAGAUCGAGCACUGCUUCAUAGCCCUGGCCCGCUCCUACCCGAAGGAGCUGAUGAAGUUCUUCCUCAGCCAAAUGGAGACGAGCAAGGAGGCCAUCCGCGUGGGGACCCUGACCCUGAUCAGGGCGGUGGUGGGCGCAGAUGAGCCCAGAAUGAACGUCAGGACCAUCUGCCUGGCCAUCCGGGUGGUCAAGAGCUCCAUCUCCGACACCCGGCCCAAGGUGAGGAUGGCCAUUCUCCGGAUCAUGAGCCAGCUGGCCAUGUCCGGCUUCCAGGACAGGAUCAAAGGCUGGGGCCUGAAGUUCGUGUCCAUGCAGCUGACCCUGUCCACCUACAAACUGACGAAUCGCCGGGACAGCCUCCACCAGAGGGACCUGGAGGAAAAGAUGGUCCACAAAGUCACCAUGGACACCGUGAAGAUCAUCACCUCUGCGGUCAGUGGGAUGACCCACGAGUUCUGGGUGAGGCUCCUGUGCUACGUCAUGGAGACAGAUAACGUGGAGGUCCUGACGCCCAUCUGCAUCAGCCUCACGAACCUGGCGGAGCGCCAGCUCCACGCCGGUGGCACAGAGCCCAGGGCGGCCGGCGGGAGCAGGCACGUGGACCUGCCCGCGCCGCAGAAGCUGCUGGCCCGCCUCCUGGUGCUGAUGUCGUCCCCCUACGAAGGGGAGGGCAGGGGGGUGGCCAUGCUCAACCUCCUGAGGACCCUGAGCCACAGCAUUGCGCCCUCCAUGGCCGACACGUGGGAGCUGGAGAUCCCACUGCUGAUCAAGUACCUGGAAGAACACACUAAGUUCACCUGGAAUCAGAAGACCUGGGAGGACAAGCUGAUUCAGUUUCUGAGACACUCCCUCAAGAAGACGCGGGGUUCCAACUGGAGCCUGCGCCUGGGCAAGGAGCUGAACAACCAGAUCGAGAGCUUUGACAGCCCCUCGCUGGAGAAGAGCUUUCUGUACCGGGCCCUGGGCUUCACCCUGGCCACAGGCCUGGAGGCCAGCAAGGUGGAGCUGCUGCUGCUGGAGCUGCUGUACAAGACGGACUACGGCAAGGACUUCGACCGGGAGGGCGUGAUCCUGUGCUUCGGCCUGUGCGCCCGGGGCCAGGUGAAGACGGUGCUGAACGUGCUCCACAACUUCGAGGAGAGGAUCCAGGAGUCGGAGCAGUCCUGGCAGAUCGGCGCUUGGCGGAAGGACCACCCCUGGAGGCGGGAGACGGUGAAGAGCGCCCUCAUGGUGAUGUACAGCUGUGUGGCCCUGCACUGCCACUGGCAGAUGCUGCUCACCCACGUGGACACCCCCAUCACCGCGAAGAUCAUCCACCACUACACCAGCAGCUCCCAGGACAUCGGCCUCAAAAUGGCCUUCAUGAAGAGUGUGGUGCAGGUUACCAAGGCCAUCGAAAACCUCAGGGACACGGAGGACUUUCAGUUUGCCCAAAAGACGACCCUCACUGCCAUCCUCGUGGCGAUCAUCAAGGCGGAGCCACCGGACAGCCUGGCUUCUCCCGUGCGCACCAUGGCCAUGGACGCCCUCUGGCACCUCAGCAAAGUGACGCCGUUCUACUCCCCAGAGGAAAACAGCGAGCUGAUGGACGUCAGCAUGCAGUCCAUGAUUCCCCUCCCGCCCCCAGGGGAGGACAACGAGUCCAUCGCGGCCCUGUAUGAGAACACCCUGCAUGCCCUGGAGCAGCUGAUGGGAGGCCUCAUGUGCAGGCAGCUGGACCCCCGGGGGCUGCAGGAGGUGGUGCAGCUCCUGGAGAAGUGGAUCCUGUCGGAGAAAGAGUGGGAGCGGGAGAAGGCGGUGAACCUGCACCUUCGGCUCGUGCAGGCCUACGUCGAAAGCAUCGGCGUCUGCAUCCCCCUGAAGCUGGGGCAGUUCGGCACGCUGGUUGGACUCAUCGCCCCAAGCACCUGCGACUCCCACGAAAGAACGCGCAUGGCCUCAGCAGACGUCCUGUCCUGCCUGCUGGACCUUCACGCAAGCCAGACCUGCUCUUCCUGGGACGCGUCCACGGAGCAGGAGCUGGCGCGGUGUAAGGAGGACCUCGGGGCCUCGGUGGCGGAGACGGUCUUCAGCGUGUCCUCCAGGAUCGCCGAGGUGGCUUGCAAGCAGUUCAGCUGCGACGACGUGGUCUCGCUCAUCCAGAAGCUCUGCGAGAACCUCGGGGCCAUGGGCCUCCAGCACGACCGGGCCUCCGUCACCUGGAUCGGCGCCUUCCUCCAGCUGCGGGUCAAGGAGCUGGAAGACAAGGUGGCUGAGAUCCUGGGUGCCAUCCUGGCCCACCUGCCCGUGGUGGACCACCCGGAGGUGCGGCAGUGCCUGGUCGAGGGCGUCCUGCUGCUGGCUCGCCACCACCGGGAGACGGUGCUCACGUCGCUGCUGAGGCAGCCCCUGCCCAUGCAGAGCCACCUGAGGGAGGUGUGGCUGGCCGUGGCGGAGAACGUGCCCUUUGCCCGGCUGAUGCUCCAGGGGCUGAUGGGCCGGCUGCAGUCACGGUUCGCCCCCAGGGCCACCGCCACCUCGAAGGCCGACGUCUGGCGCCUGGCCGCGGUGGACCCGCUGAUGAUCCUCUGCACCAUGCAGCUCCUCAUCGAGAAGGUGGACAAGGAGGAGCCGCUCCGGGACCUCUUCCCGGACCUGGUCUACACCCUCCUGCUGCAGCUCGGCGGCAGCCAGGGGCCCGAGGCUGCGUCUCCCGUCCUGAAGACGUGGAGACUCAUCCGCACGGGCACACUGCCCGAGGAGAUCAAUCCGCAGAGGGUCACAGUCAAAUCCAUGAAGCUUUUGUUCCGGAGACUCAGCAGCGAGCACCUGGUGCGCACCCUGGAAGAGCAGGGCGUGUGGGCCCUGCUGGGCAGCAGCUCGACCUUCCUGCAGGGAGCGGGCCUGCUGGCCAGGCUGUGCAUCCAGAACGCGGAGGGCUCCCGGCAGAGGCUGUCGGAGCUGGUGCUCAGGGGCAUGGCCUUGGAGGCCCCCAGCUGCCGCAUCAGCAGCACAGCCAUCUGCGUGGAAUUCAUGAGAGACCCAAUUCUGUACCAGGAGAAGCUGCUGAAGCCGGCCGUGCUGCUGCUGGAGCAGGGCGUGCGCCAGAGGGACGAGGUCCUGCGGGUGCUGUCCCUGCGUGCCCUGGGCAACAUGGCCCUGGGCGCCCCCAGGAAGGUGAGGCAUUACCGGAAGCUGCUCCUGGAGACCUGUCUGUGCGCCCUGCGGGGCGUGGGCAGCGGCGCCAGCGUGCCCUGUGCGGGCAUGGAGGCCCUGGCCAAGAUCCUGGCUGAGCUCCGAGAAGGGGACCUGGGGUCCUUCUUCGACGCCAUCUCCGAGCAGUGCAGGUCCUUCUUCGACAACGAGAGUGAGCUGCUACGCUUGCGGGCCUUCCGCCUCUUCGGCGCGCUGGCCAAGGUGGUCAGGAUCUCCAAGAAGCACUUCUUCAAGGAGGAGGUGAGGAAGGCCUGGGUCCUCCUCCUGCUGCACUGCCAGGACCCCUGCCCUGACGCAGCCCAGGCCUGCCUGGAGACCAUGUGUCAGUGCGCGCACUUCUGGGGCUGCAAGGCCCUGGAAGACUCCCUGCUGCGAAGGGCCGGCCGCGGGGCAGAUGAGACGGCGGCCGCUCUCCAGAUGACGCUGUGCUCUGUCCUGACUCAGAAGAAGCCGGCUGUCCUCUACGGUUUCUUGCUGGAAACAAUGACCUAUAUUAAGAGUAACUUGUCCAGGAUCAGAAUGGCUUCCUGCAACCUGGCAGGGAUCCUUGUGAAGCAGAUGUCUGAGCACUACCUGAAGAAGCUGGACUUCGUGGCGCUGCGGAACUCUCUCCAGGAACUCCAGCUGGACUCGGACCCUGGGGUCCGGAGGGCUGCGAUGGACACCCUCCAAAUCCUGGACACCUGCAGUCAGCACCGGCUUUCCACCCCCACCGAGGGCGUCUCCUAGGUGGCCGGGAUGGAAGCCACACACUGCCCCCCCCCCUGCCCACCGCUGGGCGGACCGCGGGAACUCCCAGUAGUUUGUGAGGAAAGCGUUGUUCUGAGAUAAUCGGUGUCCCUUCCUUCCCCCUGAAAUAAACCUCUAUCGUCACGUGGAGUGCAGGCUCCGGGCUGUAAGGGGACGGCACCCCAGGGCCAGGAUGCGCCUUGGCGUCUUCGCUGGCACCUCUGCCUCGUCUGUCCAUGCUGAUGGUGCCCACUGCCCAUGGCCGUGCUGGGGAGCGGGUCUCCAGGCAGCCUCUGCACCCGGGGGGACCCACU